AGUUAAACUACACUACUAGCUUUAGAUGUCGCGUUCCAGAAAAAUUGUUACAACGGCAAAUUGUUUACAUUGGAAACGGGCAUAAUUUUCGGGUUUUCAUCAAUAUGUUGGACAUUUAGGUGAUGAAUAUCUGGUCACAUCCAGGAAGAAAUCAAGGUCAACCGUCCAAUUAGGAGCAAUGUCAACCAUGAGAGAUGGGCGUGGCUCCAACAUGGAGGGUGCAAAGGAGGAGGAUGAUUGGAUCGAGGCUCAGAUCCAAAGAGAGUUAGAUGCCCUUUCACCUCAGGAUGAUAGCGCCCUCUCUGGUGAAAUACAGGAUCAAGAUGACGUCGUCGACGGAACUGGAGAUGAAGAGGAACCGCCUCCCAACGGUACCAUACCUGAAUCAGUGUCCCAGUUCGUAGAGAAGGUCAAAAGCAGAGCUAAGGAUGCCCAGCUUGCCCUAGAAGAGUGCAAUGACCUACUUGAUUCAUCACACAAAGUCACUGAUGAAGACGAUGUAGAGAACUUUGCCUACCAGUCAAAGGAGUUGAACAAGUUGGCCUUCCAGCUAGGAGAAGAUCCUGAGGAACUCAGAGACAGGGUCUUGCAUGAGCUUGAAGAGGCUGACAGGAAGGACUUAGAAGAUUACCAGGGUCAGGGGUCAGAAGGUCAGGUCAAUGGACUGGAUCUUGUUCCUGUUCUUGAUGAAGAGAGUGGAGCUGUGAUGGUCUACACGGACAUUCACAAGUUUGAGCAGGAGCUGAUGGAGAAAGUUCAGAUUCUAGAGGGCGUGCUCCACGAACGAGAGGAGAUCGAGACGAGAGAACGAGAGGAAGCGAACCUCACCAUGGCCAUCUUGGACCAGAACGCAGAGCAGCUUCGUCAGCAGAAGCAACAGGAAAAUGACGAGGAGCAGAGACAGACUGCGCAGAAGAGAAUGGUCACAAAUGCUAGAAUAGAAGAAGAGAUUGCUAAUGAAACAAGACAAACAGAGGAGGAGUUACAGCAAUAUCAGCACCAGAUAGACGAGCUAUCCAGACAGACAGCAUUGGAGAGGGGGGCCUUUGAGCAGGAACAUCACCAGGAGGUAAAGAGACAGACCACCAAGAAACACACUGCUGCAACAACAAUCCAAGCAGCCUUCAGAUCCUACAGGGUGAGAAAACCAUACAGGAAAAAAAUGAAGAUGAUCCAAGAAGGACUUAAGGAGAAGAGAGAGAACGAGAGGCAGAUGGAGAUUGUGGUAGGCAGGAAAAGAAAAGAAGAGCAGAAGAGGAAAGACAAGCUAGAGAAGAUGAAGAAAGAAGAAGGAGAAAGGAAAAAGCGUGAAGAAGAGGAGAAGAGGAAAGAAGAAGAGAGACUGGAGAUUGAACGACUGGAGAGGAUCAAGCUGAAGAAGGAGAAGAAAGAGAAGGAGAGGUUGGAGAAAGAACGGCUGAAGAGAGAGGAAGAGGAAGCAAAGAAAGAGGAGGAGCUGAAGAAGCAAAGUGAAGAGAUCCUGAAGCGAAUCUUGCCGGACAGACAGAAGGAUGAACAAAAGGCAAUCGCAGGAGGACCCGAAGCAGGAGAUGCCAGUUUGCAGGACGCUCCUGCACCUGAUGCAAAGAAUCCUGAAGGAACUCCUAGUGCUUCCACAAGGCAGCAGGACAGCUUGAGUAGUGAUAGGACUAACAGGGAGAAAUCUGCUAACGAAGAGCAGACCGUUAGCGCAGGAGAGUCUGUCUUUAUCACUGAGAAAGGUGUUAGUUUCAUUGAAGAGCCAAGUCCAUCUUCUAAAGGAAGUCACCUCUUGAUGGGUGACGAGUUCAAAGGUCGGCAGAGGUCGAUUGUUCUUGAUAGUACUUUCCAUGAUGGAGGAAUAGGAAAGACUUCACAGGGUCAGAAUGAAACAUCUAGGGGAAAUUUGGAUGAAGAAGGAGAGAUGCACCCAAAGACGGAUCAGACAAGUUCAACCUCCAAAGAUCGUUUUGGAGGCGGAAGUUCAAACGUUGGAAAUACUGGAGGAUCGGAAACCAGGGGUCUUGACACUCUGGGCGGCUUGGAGUUGAAGGUGUCUGGGAAAGAGAUACAGAGUACUGUCAAAGCUGAGGAAGAUCAGAGUAAUACAAUUCCAAGGAGAUCGAAGGUCACUGAGGAUGUCGCUUCCGCUACCCUACCUGCUACCAGUACUCACCAAAAAGUAACUCUGCCUAAAGAUGCUGAAGUAGAUAUCAGUAAAGUAGCAAAUAGUUAUUUGGAAGAUGAAAGGCAAGGAUAUUCUAAUAAUAAUUCAAAUUCUGGAAAUGUUACUCAAAAAGAACAAUUAAAGAAUGAAGAGGGACUGGAAACCCCUUCGAUAGAGACACAAAUGGAAGAGGGUUCUUCAGAAGAAAUGCCCAACUUGAUGGAGCACCGCCCUCUUGUGGCAGAACUAGAGCAGCGUCGUCUACAGUGGAUCCAAGACUGCAUAUCCCUGACUAAGUUAGCUAGCAGGGCCAAGCUUGCUAGCACAUCCACCAAGCCUAGAAGACAGCUCCGUAGACCAGCCUCGGCCAAGAAGAUCCAGGCCCUCACAGAGGACCAGAUCAAGGAUGUCUCACCAUCAGGCAUGGCCUUAGACCAGGUGACUACUGUCCAACUAAAAGACCUCCCAGGGAGCUCAUUGACCUCACUCAUGAAAUGUCAAAGGUUACGAACUUUGACCCUGAACAACUGCGGUGUCACAGCCCUAGAAAGCCUGGAUGAGAGCCCUGAUAUUCUGUGGAUUGAUGUCUCACACAAUAAGAUAGAGAGUGUGCUAUGCAGAGACCGGAGAGUUCUUUCUGGCGUCGACGCUUCAUGGAAUGUACUCACCUCGCUUCAAGGCUUGGAGGGAUGCAGCCAGCUCAGGAAACUCAAUCUCAGUCAGAACAAAAUCACCCGAAUAAGUGGAGUUGAAUCACUCCUCUCCUUGACCCAUCUUGACCUGGGUCACAACCAACUGGUCAACGUCUCUGGUCUGACCUCUCUGGUCCAUCUUCAAGACCUUAACUUGACAUCCAACCAUCUGAGCAGUGUCCGAGGGCUUGACCAAUGUCCACUGCUGCAGAAGCUUGACCUUAGUUCCAACUCUCUAUCUCAGACUCCUAACCUGUCCAACAAUGUGCUUCUGCGUUCCUUGUCGCUAGCAGGCAACAGUCUUUCUACGCUAGGUGACUUCACUUCUAUGUGGCUCCCUCUAUUACAGCAUCUAGAUCUUAGUCAAAAUGGGCUGUCAGAGCUUGCCCCAUUGAAGUCUUUUCUACUGCUUAGCCAUCUCAGCAUAUGCAACAACUUCAUAUCAGAUGUUGAAUGCAUCGUAGCAGGUUUAGAAGGAUGUACCCGGCUCAAGCGUCUAGACGUACAAGGCAAUGCCUUCACCGAGGAACCAAACUAUCGAGACGCCAUCACCAAGGUUCUCCCAGUUCUGCAGGAACUCGACUCUGACCUGCUGACCUCAGGGGUCAAAGGUCAUGACCCCUCUGUGACCUGGAGUAGCUUUGAGGUCAUGUGCAGGUCACAGGUAGCUGUGCAAGAUGCUCUUCUGAAGAGACAGGAAGCAGAGCUGAGCUCUCUGACCAAUCAAGGUGAUUUAAAAUUCGGAGUAGAGAGAGCUGAGAUGCUCUCAAGACAUUUGGAAGAGACCUUCCAGCAAGCAGUGGAUCACCGCUAUGCCCACGAAUAUGGAGAGACGACUCCAGCUACCAGCGUGAACACAGAUCCAGGCACUGCAGCGCAAACUACACCCCUAGAGGCAAAAGCUUUGAAUCAGAAGGGUGUUCCACCGGGUCUGGUGUCGUCUUCUGGUGUCGGUGUAUCGCUAGCCAAGGGCGGAAACGGAACCGCACCAACUACAGAAGCUGUUGCCAACAAGAGACGAGCCACAAGUCAAGUUACAGAGUUUAAUGGAAGUACAAGGACAUUACCUACAGAUGCAGGAUCAGUUGGUGUGAAUGUUAAGGAGAGCAACUUGCAGGGCACAAGGUCAAAGCAAGAGCCUUAUGGAAAGGGCAGCAGCAAAGGUCAAGGGUCAAAUGAUCGUGGCAGCAGGGUUGAUGCAAAGACAAUCUCUAAAGCCUUGCAGAAAGAACUGAAAGCUGAUGGCAUAAGUCUUUCAGACCGUGCCGCCACUGUGAUCCAGGCCCAGUGGCGCGGCUACUCCGUCCGACAGAGCAUCGACGACCGUACCAAGCAGUGGCUGGCUGCUUUGAAGAUACAGGCCUACUGGCGAGGUCAUAAGGUCAGACGAAGGAUUGGAGAGGUCAAGAGGUCGUUAAGAAAUGACACAGGGGGACAUGUUGAUGAGGAUGAAAUGGAGUAUGCAGAGAUUGAUCUCGAUUCAUUUGAUUUUGAUGAGGACAUGCUUGAUAAAGGAUUGACCACACCCUCUGAUACCCCAACCCUCCUGUCCAAAUACCCGCCCCUCCCUCCCACCUCAAACUCCACCCAUGCAAGGCCCAACCCUCGCCCCACCCUGCCUUCACCCCCUUCCCUCCACAAACCCUACCCCCCUUCCACCACAAAACCCUCCUCCCCUGAAAAACCCCAGACAAGACCCCUCCGUCAAGCAUGGAGGGGUGCGGACUCGCCCCUCAAUAACCUACCCGGUGGUGGUGUCUCACCCCCUGAGGGGAUGGGAGGGGGGCUGGUGAUGAGGAAGCCGCCCCUCCCACCAACCACGCCCUCUAGCAUGAGUGGUACUGAGGUACUCAGCAUGGGCACGCCCAGGACCCAGCGGACGGCAAGACAAGAGCAACUCACUGAAGAAUGGGGGUUCAAGGAUAGCGUGACUGCAGAUCUGAUGAUGAAAAGAGCUAAGAAGCUAGCCAAAGGAAAGAAGAAGAAGUUAGACCCAAUUCAAAGAUACCAGCAGAUCAGGAAGAACCAGGAUGCUAGCACAGCCAGACCUGUUCAGAAUGCCGGCAAAAAGGGGGUUCAGAGGAAAGACUACUUUCAAGCUCGCGAUGAAGAAGUAGAGAGAAGAGCAAAAAGCCAGGUAGACGAGAACAGCCACACACAACAUAGAACAUUUGACUGGGUCCACGGCCAAGUCAACAAUGACCUCCAGGCGUCGGACUCCCGUAUCAACCCUCAUGGGAUACGCAGUAGGCAGUCCAGUAGUGAACCGAACCUACCUGCCAUCAGCCCUGAUGUCAUAGGUCAAGGGUCACGGGUCAAUCUUGUGAUGAGUCCUAAUGCUAUGGAGGUUCAGUCAGUAGGUAGUGUCAGCAUCGGUGAUUUCACCUCGAGGGAGAGGAGUCACUCCUUUUCUUCUCCAAACGGAGAGAGAGUCCAGUUCCCGCCCAUCAAGACAAGCUCCGCCCCUAGCGGUCACACAAAGCAACGGAUGGCAGCACAAGGGGGCGACAGACGGGGUGGGGGAGGGGUAGCAUGGGGUAGUGCGGGUAGCAGGACAGGGAGGGGUAAGGUAAUUAGGUGACCCCACCCCUAUAUUUCUGUAUCUUAGAGGGUUCUAGAUUUGUUUGGUGUGCGAUUACCUUAAGGCAGUGUAAGGGGGUGACAGAUGAGGUGGGAGGGGUAGCAUUAGGGAGUGCAGGGAGCAGGAUGGGGGAGGGGUAAGAUAAGUAGGUGACCCCAACCCUGUAUUUCGUGGAGGGGUCUAGAUACCACUGUUAUUGGUGUGCGAUGUAGAUUAGCAUAAGAAGGCAUCAAGUGAGGUAGGGCAGGGGUGAAACAGGUAGAUGGUCCUAAUCCCUGCACCUGUUCUUGGUAUUGGAGCGAGUUGUAGUAGGAAUGGUGUUUCAGGGUUUGGGAGUAGUAGCAUGGAGCAGUGCUGAAAGCAGACUUUUGAGGGAGGAGGACCCCUUCCCCCUCCAUCAUCCAUCUCCCUAUCCUAGAGGGUACAUCUAUUCUUGGUGUUAUUGGUGUGAGAAUGAGUGGUUGGAAUGCAGU